AUGGCACCCCAGCUCUGUGUUUUGCUCGCGGACGUCCGCUCGACGGACGUUGAGAAGCAAGCUCUCAUUGACAAGCUACUGAAGGAGAUGGCCGCAACACUCGACCUGCUCAACACUCAUGUGCAUGUCCGGACAACACAGGCUGCCGAACAAACAGCAGUACUCUCGGCCCUGCAAUCGCUGUCCGACCUCAUUACCAGCAUCGCCAAGCUCGUGAAAUGCCUCUCUCCUCCGCAGGGCACGCCACGGCAUGCGACGGACGCUCUGUGGGAGCUGUGCAUGGAUGCCCUCUCUGCCGCCCGCGAUCCCCAAGACCAGCAGGCGACUCCCCUCCAGUGGCCAAAACGCGGAGACGACACUGUCCGGAUGUGCCAAGUUCCCAACUCAAGCGCAAUCAGCAUCGCCAUCGUCUUUACUCAAGCCGAGGCAAACCAACUGCUGGAAAGCGCGACAGCCGCGCCCGAAGCCGUUCCGGAGCACAAGCAGGCGUUUGUGAGGGCGUGCAAAACGGGCAAGUUUGAAGCAGCGCUGCGCAUCGUGCAAUCGCAACCACUCCAACCUCCUGCUCCAACCUCCAGUGAAACAUCCCACAACGACAACGAACAUGGCGGUUUCGACACGUCUGCCGCCAGUACAACAACGCAUGAGGAAGACGUCAUCUCCAUGGCUUCAUCACCGCGUUCAGAGCAAAGCCCCGUCCAGGCCGCCGCGCUGGCCGUAAGCACGGCCUCAAGUGCCAGCGAAGGCCCGCGUCAAGCUGAUGCACCCCGUGCUGCGGACGAUGAUGAUGACGAUGACGGCGAGGACGACGAGGACGGGGACGAUGGUGACGAUGGCGGCAACCAUACUGGCACUGCACCUCGUGACGCCAGCGGAGCUGCCAGCACCGGCUCACCAACCUUGAAACUGGUGAGCACCUGGCACAAGGCGCACAAGGCGUGGGCGAGAGCCAAAUCCAAGGCUGAACAGCAGCGCCAGGAGGCAAAGCUUGUCUGUGCACUCAAUACCCUGAGUGCGGCCAACUUGUCUGCGCUUUCGCCCGCCGAAAUGACCAAGUUCUCAAAGGGCACCUCUCUCCGCGAAUGCACGCUGGAGCUGCUGCUUGCCCUUCUCACGGCAAAUGCAGACCUGACGGGGGCAGCCACCGAUAACGUGGCGCUGCUAUCUGGACGAUCGCAAGAUCUCGUGUCGCGCAUUGUGCUGCACCUGCUGGCACACCCCGUGCAGGGCGAUGGCAUCAACAUCAUUCCAAAGCCUGAGCUGCACACGCAGCUCGUGACAUCGCUGGUGCUUGUCUGUUUCCACGACGCAAGACUGGUAGAUACCAAGUACCACCCAACGGGCCAAGGCUGUGUUGACGACAUUGACGCGGAGCAGAAAGCCCUGGGCCCAACGAAGAAAGUUCCCGUGUUUGAUUUCACGUGGGAUGACGGGCGCGUGGACAAGUUGUCCUUCAACACGUGGCCAACGCAGGCAGAGCUGUGGGGCGUGACCGACCCUCACCUGUACCAGCGCUUCGCAGGCCCGCAAGCCCUGAGCACAAUUGUGGCCACGCUCCACUCGGAGCCCCUCCUACAACAGUGCAUUAGACAAGUCCUCCGCAUGUGCCUGACGGGCCGAAUGACAGACAACGCCAUUGCACACCUCAUCAAGACGCUUGGCGAUCAGUGCGUCAUUACCGCGUUCACGCCGGAGCACCUAGCAGCGUUUGCCGCGGUUUUCGACGUGUCCCUCUGGGAAGCCCUUGCUGAGGAUGUGCAAUAUGGCGAGCAUGCGCUGACACCACUGCCUCCCCCAAUUGUGCUGCCGAGCCUCUGCCGGGCCCUGCGCCGCGUGUUGGAGGACGAUAUGGUCACCUGGUUCUCAAAGCUCAAUGACACCUCGGCACUAGCCACCUUGCUGCAAGCACUGGAGACACACCUCAAGACGGCGAGCGAUGUUGUUGCUGCUUGUGCUUCUCAGCACUGCGCGACGGAAGACACGGGCUCGUCAUCUCCACUCACCGUGCUGGACGUCAAUCCACAGGAAGAACAUGCAUCUGUUUCUUCCGCUGCCCACGUGGAGCACAGGAUGACAAUGCGUGCGCGACGUGACAGUAUCGACAGUGUGAUGAGCUUCUCCGGCGAUUGGGAACCCGUGACGGUGCCACCCACACAACUGACGGCUACCGCAGUAACAGCAGGAUCAUCGCUGACCGCAACAGCAAUAACAGCAGGCGCAGAGAACGCACAGCCCGACCCCGAGCUUGAGGGCGAAAUGCAGCACCAUGUCACCGCCAUGUGCAAGCUGCUCUUAAGCCGUGCACGCGUCCUCAUCAGCCACUUCCACCACGACCGCACAAAUGUCGUUGCGGUGGAGCUUGUCUGUAGCACCAUGGCUGAGGUGCUGACGCAGUUUGGGAACGGCCUUGGCUGGCUGCUUGACUCGGAUGCGAGCAUCCCAGGCUUGCUCUCGCUGCUGGUACUUCUGCUCUCCAUCCAUCACGAGCCCGCAGAGCGCUUGCUUGUGGCUGUCGCCGCACAUGCGCGCCCAAAGCUAGAUGCGCUUCAGCACCUUAUCGACAGCGGAGAACGCCACCUGCAAAACCGCUUGUCGCUGAUCCAAUCACUCCUCGUUGCAGCUGUGCGCACGGAUCCGGACCAGAUGCGCACAGCCACCAAUGUGGCGGUGAAGCUUUUGCGUUGCACGACACCAGAGAAGGCGCCAGCAUCGUACACCGUGACCUGUGCCAACGCGUACAUUGCCGUAUUUGGUGACCCUGCUUGCUCCUUUGAGUUCAUACGCGCAAGCGCAGACGCCAUCCUUGAAGCCAUCACCGCCGCCAAUGGAUUGAGCGCGCCUGUGCUUGCCAAGCACGCCACACUCGUGGUAUCCCUGGUGCGGGCGGCAGGCAGUUCCGUUGUGCGCCAGCAUUGGCAGCACAUCGUCGACACACUCGUGUUUGAUAUUGACACAAUCCGUAACAGCCCGCAAGACCAGGCCUUGUGCUGGCGGCGCAUCUGCCGUCACAGCCCAAGCAGCGGGAAGAGAACCGCCAUUAUCUCAAUCCUGCUGGCACAUGCCGUUAGCAAGUGGACGCAGCUUGACGAGCAGAAGCGCAAGCGCGGCGACGCCCUACUUGACACCCUGAGGGAUGUCGGUCAACGUUACCCGCGCCUGCUGCGGCUGGCAGCCAGGCAGCUCACAGCACCCAUCAUCGCCGCCCUGGCACAGUCGCACCACCUCUCCCUCGAAGCCUCCCCAGCGUUUGCGUUCCUGCUGCAGCUGCUGAGGCCACACGACGCCUCUUCCCUGAUUGCAGAUGACGUGGAGGAUGAGGACACCAGCCCAAACAGCCAGCAGCAUCAGCAUGUUUCAAGUCAUGACGACGACAGCAACAACGACAGCGACGGUGAUGACGCUGCAUCAGCCAAACUGCAUGAUGAAAGCACGUUUAAGCAAACUCUGCGCAGGGCCAUAUCAACCAACGAUCCUCAGGCGUCCACCCCUUCCCAAGCGUCCAUCGUCUGGAAGCCUCCCCAGCACGCGGAAGUGGUGAUUGGGCCUCGGUCUGACGGCGGAGACUCGGACCAUCUGUGUGACACAACGGAAUCCAAUGAGUGGAGCGUGGUCCCCACAGAGCGAUCUGUCAAGUACUUGCAGCGUAUCGUGUCCACCCUGCACACCAAUGACCACCUGCUCCUGCAAGGCGAGACUGGCGUGGGCAAGACGAUGCUGACGCUCUUCGCCGGCCAUCUCGCCAACCAGGUCGUGCUGCGCUUCAACGGGUCAUCACACAGCAGCGUUGAGGACCUCUUCGGCAGCGUCACCAACGACCCCACCAAGCCCGGCCACUUUGGACUCGCCCCUGGCCCCGCCAUCCUCGCCUACGCCUUUGGCUAUUGGCUGUACAUUGACGAGGCUAACCUGCUCAAGGAGGAGCUGGUGCAGACCCUGGCCUGCCUGACUGAAGACCGUCUCUCGCUCGCCCCCUUUGCCAAAGGCCUCUCCAUUCUCGACUGCACCUCUGCUUACACGGGCAAGCCCCUGCCCAUCAUUGGCGGUGGCGGUGGCGGUGAUGAUGCUGUCCUCGUGCGAAAACACAAGAACUUCCGUCUCAUCUUCGCCCAAAACCCACGCAACAGCAGAUACAACCGCGAGAAGCACAGCCUCAGCGUCCUCAGCAACUUUGUGUCUUUGGAUGUGACGUGGGGUUCGACACCCAGUGCCCGUAGAGCGGAGUGGGAGAUGAUCGCUGCCAGUGCACUGCGCGGUGCCCUCUCCAAAGACAUGCAAGAGCACAAAGCACCUGACGAGCUUGCUCACCAGCUUGUCGAAUUUCACGUGCAAGCGACUGAUCCGGGCAUGUUGAAGACUCUCCGCGACAAGGAGGGCGAGGGCGAGGUGUAUGAGCAGCAGCACUUCAUGGACUUGACGGUGCGCGAGCUCAAGCGUUUUGCCAGCGCUUGCCGUGAGUACGUGCGUUGCUGCAAAGGCCUGGCAGUCGAAGGCUUUGACUCGCAUUUGAGGGGGUUUGCGCUCAUGCUUUCCUCCAUCUACGGCGCCCGCUUCCAGUGUGCUGCCUCCCGUGAGGUUGUGUCAAAGCUUGCCUUCCAGCACAUGCAGGCUGCCGAAUAUUCGCCAGGCGAUGACGUUUCAUCUCGCAUCCAAACCCAAGCGCAGGAAGACAGCAGCGAGGAGGCGUCCAGAUUCAUCUUCAUUGACGGCAUCCCGCUCCAGCGCAAGGUGGCCGCACCUGAGCAUGACAUUGUGGACAUUGUUCACGACAAGAUCAUGCAGUGCGCGACACACCCCGACUUCAUGCUCAAGUAUGGCUGCUACGACUUUGUCAACCACGCAUGUGUGGAUCGCGUCCGAGCCAUGAUGCGUGAUAAAAGCGUGUCCCUGGGUCAUGCCCUCCUGCACGCGUAUGUGGCGCCCAUCCGCUGUGUCCGUGCUCGGGCGGACCUUCUCGCUGACAUUUGCAAGACGCUGGAUGCCACGCAUGCAGCGGAGGCACGGCGCCUGCGUGACGUCGACCCGUCCACUCUGCCGGAGCCCGACCAGUACAUCUGCCCAAUUGUGGUGACAGCAGAGCUGGUGACAGCAGUACGCGAGUGCGCAGUGUCGUUCCUUCUGCGCACACCCUUGAUGAUCUGCGGCCCGAGCGGCGCUAGCAAACAGGUUCUCGUGCGCUUCCUGUCUGCCCUGACCAACAUCAGCCUCACCCACCUCCAUCUGACAAAGGAGACGGAGGUGCAAGACUUCAUUGGCAUGGCCAUCCCAGAGACAGACCACGCGACAGGGGACAUGAACCUGCGGUGGCACGAUGGCCACUUGCCUCGCACCAUGCGCAAUGGCGGCAUUCUGGUCCUUGAUGACAUUCUCUCCCUGCAGUCGUCUGUGCUCGAACGGCUCAACCCGGUCUUGGAGGAGAAGCCCACGCUCGUGCUGUCCGAGAACAACCAAGUCUCACCGAUACCUGAGGACGAGAUCAGCGACUUUAUGCGCUUUGUCGCCAUUGUCGAAGCAAGGAACAAGGCCAUGACGCCCGCCUUUGGCAACCGCUUUCACAUGGUGUACCUCAACUCGCCGCCACAGGAACCAUCGACGUGGCUUGUGGCUGCCAGCCGCCUCUUGCUCGGUCACGAAGCGGGUGACGAGGAAUGUCCACGUGAUGUCUGUGAGCUGACAGCAAAGGCACACCAAGCCUGGUGCAGUUCAGAGGAGCGACCCAGUGUGAGGCGCUUCGUGUUGCUGUUUGAUGCUGCGUUUCACCUCACCCGUGGCACCACACCUCACCCACUCAAGAACCACGCCGCAGCCGCGGUGGAAGAGGCAUGCGAGCUCGUGCUCGCCCAACACUCGAAAACGGCGGAAGCUCUCAAGCAGCAACUCGCCGAUGCCCUUCCACCCAACAGCGUUGACUAUGUGGAGGCGUUGCUGACAUCACCUCAGCCUGAUGGUGGGGUAACCUUUGUCCUGGACAAGGACACAACACCACGGGUGUACGCAAACGCAAACAAGGUGCUGCGCGCCCUCAAGGCACGCGUUCCCGUCGUGUUUGAGGGCAGUCAGGCCGUGGGCAAGACGGCAACCGUGACUGCUCUCGUCCACUGGUUGACGCGCAAGGCGAUUUUGCGCAAGACCAACAGCGAUUCUACGCAAGCCACGGACUACCUCUCCUACUGGCGCCCCAGCAAGCAAGGCAACUUUGCCUUUGAAGAGGCAGAGUUUGUGCGCACCCUGCGCAGCGGCACAUGCUUCCUCAACGACGAGUUCAACCUCGCCAACACGUCCACCCUCCUCUCCGUCUUCAUCCCUGUGCUUGACAGCGGCUGCUUGGCGCUUCCAACAGGCGAGUACGUGCACAGAGCACCUGGCUUCUGGCUUGCAGCUUGCCAGAACCCCGUUGGCUUUGCUGGGCGCAAACCUUUGGCUCGCAAGCUGGCUGACCGCGUGUGUGUCGUGCCGUUCGAGAACCUGACACAGGACGAGCUGACGGAGAUUGCUGCCAAGCGCACAAGAAACGCCAUGAGCACAGACAUGCUGCGCAAGUUUGCUCAGCUGCAGGUGCAGAUGCGUGAGCACACCGCACUCAAGCAAGACCCGGCAGUCACCGUGCGCGAGGUGUGUCGCUGGACACGCCGCAUGCAGGCCACGCCAGACUCAGCGCCUCACGCCGUUGCGAACGGCAUUGAGCUGCUGGUGGGGCGGUCCAGCAGGAGGAAGGCGCUUGUAACACUGGUUGCGCGCGUGUUUGACGCCCAGGAUGAGACAGAUUCGCUCUACCAGAUGCUGUGCGGCGCGACGCACACCACAGGCGAAUUCUCUCUCACAUGCGCUGUGGAUGGGCAAGUUGAAAUCAGGCAUGGCUUCAGCGCCACUGCCAGCGUUGUCAUCGAAACACAGCUGAACAAGAGCGCCGUCACACCGUUUCUCGAAGCACCUUGCUUCAAGUCCAAGCAGUUUUGCCUUGACUUUUACCGCCUCUGCAAGUGCUAUGCAAACAAGGAGCCUGUGCUGUUGAUUGGGCCCACGAGCCGUAAGACCCUGCUCGUGGAGAUGCUGGCCAAGGUGACGGGUCGAGCCCUCACCACCUACUGCCUUGGCGCCGACUCCACGGCUGAGGAGCUGGUAGGUCGCGUGUUGCCCACCACCAUUGGUGAACAAGUCAAGGCGAUUGUUCAAGUUGUAGCGCGCAUCAAGACGCUGCGGCCCAGCGUGCCCAUGGGGCUGGUGUCGGCGCUGAGAACCGUGGCAGAGCUGCUUGCCUCGGCAGAUCUGGACGUCGAGGACGUCACUGACUGGCUGGGCACGGCAAAGCCCUUCUUGGACGACACAAACGACCACAUUCAAGCCAUGGCAGCUUUGCUUUGUCUAAAGUCGAAUCAGAGCACAAGCGUGGAUGUUAGCGUGGACGAUGAGAGUGCCGUAGUUUCGGGUGCACACGACAGCAGCAGUGCUGGUGACAAUGGAGCCGUUGAAGGCGAUGAUGAUGAUGAUCAUGAUGAUGACGACGACGAUGAUGAAGAAGACAACGAGGAUGCCAACUGGGAAGAGGCACCCGCAGAUUUUGACAGCGAGGAAGACGAUGACGACAACGAGGAUGCCAACUGGGAAGACGCGCCCGCAGAUUUUGACAGCGAGGAAGAUGAAGACGAUGCCAGUGAGCUGGACGCAGUCACCGUUGACAGUGCUUCAGGUGACGCUACACGGGCCAAGGUUGUCGCACCCGCAACUUUAGGGGCUGUUGACGCAAAGAGAAGCCCUCAGGAUGGUGAUCAAGAUGGCCAUGACAUGGACAUUCCAUGGCUGAGGGUGAAGAUGCUGCUGUACCAGCUGACCCGGGACUUGCUUGAGCACUUUGUUUCCAAGGUGGAGUUGGCCGCUUCUCCUGCAGACCAAGCGGAGCACGAAUUGAGCACGUGCUUUGCUCUCCUCAAGGUACACGUGGAGCGACUUGCAAAGGAGGACGUGCAGCGUCCAUCUGACUUCCAGCGGCCGCGGUUCCAGUUCACGGACGGUCCAGUCACGGACACCGUGCGCCGUGGUGGCAUGUUGCAUCUACGUGACUUGCACCGCGCGCCCGCAUCAGCCGUAGAGACUUUCAACUCUCUCUUGGAGCUGGAGCCCUCGCUCGAGACAAGCGAGUAUGGCAACAUCGACUGCCCGCAGUCGUUCUUCUUUGUCGCUUCCGUCACGUCCGACCGCCGGCUCUUUGAGUGCGGCUUGUCACCGGCUCUCAUCUCACGCGUCACUGUCAUCGAUGUGCAGCCGUACUCGGAGAUUGAGUUUGUGGAUCUGGCGAGUCGAGGUCUGGGGCAGGGCAUUGUGGACCAGAUGAGCUUCUUGCCGCAGUUUCUCCGAGACGUGUUCAACGCCUACGGGUGUUUUAAUACGCGGCUGAUGCAGCAAGUGGUUGACUUCAUCCACAGGCACGCGUCGCGAUUCAAGACACUGGAGGCCACUGUCCUUCACGCUGUUGCUGGCUUGGUUGCACCCUGGCUUGGCAAGGAUGACGUGCAGAGCCUCAACAAAGUUGUCCAAUCCCAGUUUGGGUACACUCUUGAGGAGGUGGAGGAGCAGCCCAUUGUUGUCAUCGGCGAUGAUGACGCUGCGCCCGAGCAAGUGUUUGAGAUCCAGCCAGGCAAACACAUCUUAGAGGAUGUGGAUUUGAAAGCAAGCGCUGGAGGGCUGCAGGCGACCCUUGGGCCGUUCACGCUGCCCGCAAACCCAAGCGCUGGCAGCAUGGCAGCGCGGGCGUCGUUGCAGCUCCAUCCCGCGCCCCAAACGAACUACACGUUGCUGUCCAUCGUUCGCGUGUUCAGUGCUGGCCAGAGCCCGCUGCUGCUUGGGCCGCCGGCGAGUGGAAAGGUGUCCUGCGCCAGGGAGCUUGCGCGGGCCCUGGGGCACGAUAACGUGACGUUGAUCACAUUUUCACGAUCGUCAACGAGCGAGGACGUGAUUGGGCGAUAUCACCAAGAUCUCAAUGGCUCUUUCCAAUGGCAGGAUGGCCCUUUCGUGCGUGCUCUGAGGGCCGGGCAGUUCAUUGUCCUCAAGGAUGUGCAUCUCAUCAACAACGAGCUGGCCGUUGACAUUGCGCGACACCUCUCGCGUGGUCGUCAGGAUCCGCACGGCAAUGCUGAAGGAAACAACACUCCUCUUCGGUCUCAAGCAGCAGCGUCGGCGAAGCUCCCACCUCUGGUGUGUGCAACCGCACCCGCACUGGAGAAGGUGCCGGACCAUUUGCAGAUUGCGUUUGUUCCUCUGACUGUGGAGCCCAUUCUUCCGGACGGUGCUGGCCCCAAAACAGUCUCGCCGCUGGUGCAGCAUAUCCUGCGGAACGUGGGUGUUGCUGGUUCCAGUCCUCAAGGGGAGACGGUGUUUGACACCGUUGCGAAAACACUGUGCAAGCUCAUGCAGCUUCGAAAUGAUGAUACCACGGACAUGGUCGAUGCAUUCCCGCUGUGGUCCUUGCGGGAGAUUGAAAAAGUUGCUGCUGUGUUCCAGCCUUUCUUCGAGACGCUCAAGUGUGCGCAGUCUGUGCGGGGCGAAGGUUCAUUCAGCAGCACCUCCUCUGAAGGCAAUGAUGAUGGGUCCACAACCAGAGUUCAGGGUGACGAUGCCAAUGGCGGCGACCGCGGCAACGACAACGACGGCGAUGAAGGCGAUGGUGAUGACGACGACGACAAUACCAAUGAUGCCAGUGUGUCUGCCAGCCACACCACCCAUGGUUCCAGCACAACUGUAGGGCACCAGGUUGACGAAGCCCGUGCCAACGUUGACUUCUUGGCGCGGCGUGUGAUGUUCCAGACCAUCAACCUCGUAUUCUUGGCCGGGUUGGCGCCAAAGGCGAAGGAGCUGGCAAGCAGUGUGGUCCUGGACGCGUUCCGAGAUGUUGCAAGCACGGCCGAAGAGGAGCAAGUGCUUGUGGACACGACCUUGAGCCACUGUCUUCGCAUUGGAUCUGUCUUCUUCGCCCGCAGGCAAACGGUGGCCGAGCUGCCCAGGAAUGACGCACGGCAGGCCAUUUCUUCCGAAUUUGUGCUCACGCCUCGCCAUGCGCUCCUGCUCCAAGACAUGGCACUGGUGUUGCAGGCGCACCGCAGCCUCAUUGUUUGUGGCCCGACUGCGUGCGGCAAGACACAGCUCCUGCGCUGGUUUGCCAAGGCUGUCAACGCGCCCAUGGUGGAGCUUCACAUGAAGCGGGCCGUGGAACUUGGCGAUGUCAUGGGCCAACUUCGGGCAGAAAUGGGGCUGCUGCGCUUGCAGCGGCUCACGCAGGCUGUGCUCUUUUCCCUGUGCGGCGUUGUUGUCAGCCUUGCCAGCAUUGCCGUGAGCGACUGGGAGGAGGACCGCGCGAAGAUGCAUGCCAAGUUUCUCAUCUUCAGCGUCGCCUCACUGGCCCGCAGCAUGCACAAGUUCCUCACACAGCUCAACGAGUGCGUGAGCCCGGAACAGAAACUGGCGGUGAGCGACUCGCUGCAGGCCUCCGUAGCGGAAGCAAAACAGAACCUUGGCUCCGUCCAGCAGCAGUUGAGCCAGGCACGUGAUCGCUCCAUUCGCUCAGCGUCCCUGGAUACCAGUGCUCUCCAAGUGGCUGCCUCCGACUUUCUGACGUGCGUGGACCCGCUGCUCGUACGGCUGGAUGACUUGUGCUUUGACGCUGCUGAGGGGCCUCUACUGCAAGCUGCACGGAACGGAUGGUGGCUGGUGCUGAACGACGUCAAUUUCUGCCCGCACGACUUCCUGCUCCAGCUGCAGGAGUUUAUGGAGAACGACAUCUCGCUGGCCGGGCUGACUGGGCGCAGCGCUGCUGACUCACCCACGGUCUCGCCUCACUUUCGAAUCAUUCUUGCGUACGACCCUCACCGACCAGGCGUGCUGCCGUUGCCGCCGUCGGUGAAGCAGCGCUGUGUAGAGCUGAUGAUGCCAGCCAUGGAUUCGCCGGAGAACAAAGACACGUUCCACUUCAUCCUCACCGAGUGGAUGGAGCAGGUUGGCUGCAAGUGUCCAGUGCACGCCGCUCGCGUGUUUGCUGCAGCUCAUUUCGCCGCCCGUGACGCCCUGCCCCCAGCGGAAGCAGACGGCCCGUUUGCGGUCACCUUUCGAACGGCCGUGCGCGCGAAACGCGUGCUGCAGCGCAUCAUGCAAGGCACAGACGCCGCUGCCAGCGCUACAUCCUUGGCGUUUGUCCUCCGGCAAACGUAUGCCAAUCCCAACUUUGGCAGCGAGAGUGUCACAGACGCCACCCUCCAAGCAUGGAACGCCGCUAAACCCAACACAGACUCUCCUCAAUUUAAGCUGUCUGCUGAUCAGGUGCUUCAGGAUAUGCGAACGCGCAUGCGCGCGAUUGUCCGACACGUCGCUGCGGUCAUCCUCAGGCAAGACGGGAACAUUGCAGAAAAUGUGAAGGACAUUUGCAUCUGGGCGCUGGGCAAGGCAUGCUUCCACGCUGGUGUUGGCGCAGAGGCCUUGCCUGAGGAAUCCAUGCCAACCUCCGCCGAGUUGUUCAUGGGAACGUUUUCUGGCUCUGACUUGAGUGCUGUGCAGCACGUCCUUGAGACCACGGCGCAGGAGCUGUCGCAAGCGCAAGUCACAGCCGCUCUGCGCUCAUUACAGCGCUCGCUGACACGCAUCCCGCAAGCCGCGUCACUGGAGUCCUCGGUGAAAUGGAUGAAGCACCUCGCGGCAUGGAAGCACGUGGUUGAAUGUGUCGAGAUUGCCUGCCGUCCACUUCAGCAGGGUGGCCAGCUGAACGACGUUGCAAGCGCAUGCUGCCGCCUUCGUGGGGGCUUGCGCACGUACUCGGCGGCGUUUUCCGAGAUGUUUGGCGAGCGGGCCGCUGGCAAGGACCUCCUGUCCAGGUUCAACCACCUGCUGCACGUCGCAGAGGAUGCCAUGACGAGCGUCCCCGUCGACGCUCAGAGCCGCCUUCGCUUCUUCAUUUCGCAGGUUGAGGCCGUCAUUCGCGCCUCGUUUGUGCCCCUGCGAAUGCAAGACCACGUGCUGUUCCGCAUGCUCGCGCAGGCCCCCGCACUCAAAGGGCUCAUGGGCCAGCUGAUGUCGUUUUUGCCAAAGGCUGCCGUCCAGCUCACGACUGCCUGCGUGUGUACACGCAAUGAGCUGCCGUUCUCCAGUCUGGAAUGCGAGCAGGACGCUGACGGAGUGAUGGAGCUGGUGAACAACGCCCAGCUGAACGGCUUGCGCGAAACUGCCACGCACGCCGCAACGAGGCAGCCCUUGUUGCACGAUGACUUUGCAAAGAAGGCAAGCAAGCUUCUGAAGGAAAGCAGGGAACUUCAGGACGUACAUGACGAUGAAGUGCAUGCCAGCAACGAGUUGCAAACAAGCCUUCACAACACACUCCCGGAAGAUGCACCCGAGCACGUCAAGGACUUUUUCCGUCUUCACGAGAACUCAAGCCCCGACAAUGAGCCACCAUCAGAGUGUGCGCAGACCUAUCCCGACCUGUGCAGGCAGCGAUCGCGCGUGUUGACGCUCAGAAGCAAGCUUACGUCGUUGCAGGACCGUGUGAAGGAAGCAUACGGGUACGUAAACAACACCGUCACAGUCUAUGGCAGUCAGUUAAAGUGGCUGAUCCCCGAGGCUCCGCUGACUGACGCUCAGGAUGCAGUUUUGAGGGGUGCAGCUCGCCACUAUGCCCCAAAUGCGCGAGUACAAGACGCAUGGCACGUGUUCAAACACGCCACUGUGCAAUCGCCACAACACGCGCUUGUUGUUUUGCUGAAGGAUGAUGACAAGUGGAAGUCUGGUCUGCGACAGCAGAACGCCCACCUCAAGAACAAGCUUUCUUCCAUGGGCUCAGCGCCACUGGUGGUUGUUGUCGUUGCUGCCGCAGACUUGUCUGAGAUGACAGUCUCAGUGGAAGAGCCGAAGACAACUGUCGUUCAUCUCGAAGACCGCGACAUCACCGUGGAGAUAUACAGAGUGCGCCGCAGCGACCAGGGCGACGUGAAUACCCACCACAACCUGGAGCACCUUCUCGUCACAGUUCUUGGUUCAGACGAUGACGGGUCGACGUAUGACUUCUGCCAACACGUCCAGGCUUUCAAGCAGCGCCGGCAGGCUUUGACUGGCUCGCCCUCCUUGUCCACUGCGCUGGGCUGUGAACUCUUUGACCACUGUACCUGGCAGAGAGCUGUCAUCAGCAAAGCUCACGCUGUGGCCCAUGUUCUGUCACUGAUGGGGCGAACACCAGACCGGGAGGAAUGGAUGAACAGAUUGGACUUGUUUCUGGUGUCCCUCGAGCGUUUGAAGGCGGAGUUGAAGGAUAUGCCUGACACAACAGCACAAGUGAAUACGGCAGUGGCCAGCAUGUGGGCUUCAGAGCACGUCGACAACCGCGAGAGAAUUGGCCUCCACUCCACGCUCCAACUCCGCGCCCACAACCCGGUUGCCUCCCUCAUCGUAUCCCUUGUACCGUGCAAGCUUGCGGAGAAGCUUCGCACCGCCUUUGCUCUGACGAGGGUGCGAGAGCUGUUUCUCACAUUCACAAGAGCAAGCGAGUCGCGCAUCCACCCAACUGUCCUUAGCUUGCUCGCCAUUUGGAACCGGGACUCUCCCAGCAAAGAGGAGGUGUGUCGACAGCUUUCCCUUGUCAGGUCUGCUGCCAUGUCACAUGUGCCUCAAUUGAGCCACGGCAUCAACAGCCUGCUUGAUUUGCUUGAGCAGCCGAUUGGAAGCCAGAGCACGCGCCAAGAGCUGCAAGACGUGCUCCACGAACUGAUUUCCAUUCAGGAGCAGUUACCAGUGCCACUUGACGAGCUUGACACUGAUAUUGCUCAACUCCAAGAAGUCAUCAAUGACCUUGCCGAAGAGCGCGCAGCCGCUGCUCUGGAAGUGUGGAGGAAGAAGCCCAAAGAUUGGCAUCGUAAGCUCUCUCACCGCGAUGACAAGAAGCGAAGAGAUGUGGAGGAUCUGCUGCAUUUGCCUCCACUGCGUCACACGUCCCAGCACGGCCUGGUGAAGCAGCUGAACGACAUUCACAGCAACGUGAACAUCUACCUGCGCGCAGCACGAGAGUGCUCAGAGCUGAGGACCAAAUUGGCACGCACCGUUUCUGGCUUUAGCGCCAACAACAUGAUUGGCAUUGUGGACGGCAUUUCUGCGCGUUGUCACGAUGGCUUGCAUGCACUGCAGUCUCUCCAAAACAGUUACGACCUCCUCCUGCAUUGUCGCGACGUACCGCUUCAGGAACUGCCACACGUGCUCAAGGCCAUGCAACGCAUCGCUCAUGAGACUUACGACAUGCAGGUACCAGAUGCCAGCUGGUUUGUGCUCUCCAAGCAGGAGUUGCUCCUUGGCAUUGUACCUGGUGCUUGGUCGUUGUUUGCCACCGAACACACCCAAGGCAGCCACGAUGAGAGCAUCGAUGCGCCGGAGCAGCGUGCGCAUUUGGAGAAGUACGGACAGGACAAAUACUUUUCUGCAGCACAGCAUUUGCUCAACAUCACGCCAACCACAACCAUGGAGGAGGUCGUGUCCCAAGCCAGGGAAGCGAUCAAAGCCUUGUUCUUGCAGACACAAGAAGAGCUGAAGCGGGCGGAGGUGGAAAGCGCGACUGGACACGACGACGAUCCAUUUUCGUUGGUCGUGAAGCACCUCCAAGAAUCACACCAGGCCGUCGCUGCGAGCACGGAAAGCUUCCUGCAAUUUGAAUGGCUGAUGCUGCUGAAGGCCAACUCCAAGUCCUACGCGCGAAUCGCUGACGUGCAGCGUCGCCUUCGCAUCCUCGAAGUCCAGCAACAAGCGCUUCAACACACUCGUUCUGCACCAUCCACCGACCAUUCUGCAGAACCAACGCCGAUCUGCACUAUUCGACCAGCAGAAUCCAUUGUUGACAUGAUCACGCGCGUGGCAACCGCGCUGGAUCUGCGCGACAGCAACAAUGCCACAGUGGCUAACGUGUGGUGCAAUUACGUUGCCGCGUUGAUGCAUGCCAGUGCUGUGGGUGAUAGCAGCUUUGCAUGGAUUGAUCCCACCGUCACUGACGACGAAUGCGUGCGCAUGGUUGUCGCCAAGACCCGAAAGCGCCUGCGCACCUUGACAGCACAACUUCAGCGCGGAACAUUCUGUGAUGAUGAGCAGGUUCAUCGACGUCACAUGAUUGAGGCGUACGAAGGCGUCCUCUCCCACUUUGACUCGCAAACAGGGCAGUUCACCUUCAGCCUCAGCCUCCUGCACAGUGCGAGUGCCCUCCAUCUCCUGACAGUUGAUCCAAAGCUGCUUCAGUUUGCCCUGUCCGUGGAGGCCAUGCCCAGCCGCUGGGCUUUUGGCGUUGAUGACUCGUUCGUUGGCUGUGUGGUGCAAAGAGUUGAACAUGACAGCGACGUUGAAGAAGAACCUGAAGAUCAAGUCAACAUGGCAGAGGCCAGGCCAAAUGGCCAGGAUCAGCAGCAAGACAGCGCUCUGGAGGGUAGCGUUGACCUCAGUGGAGAAGCUGGUGCACAUAGUGAGGGUGCCACUGAGGGUGAUGAGCAGGACGAUGAGGACGAGGACACUCUCGCACACGACCGCGGGCAUGUCCCUGUUGGAGCGUUUGUCAGCACGCUGCCUCCGCUUGCACGCUCAUUGCUGCGAGUUCUUGUCUCCUCACUGACGACAAGCUCUGUUGCUUCUCGUUUCCGCAAGCUUGUGCUCGCCACAGGCCCGCCGUGCCUUUCCCUGAUGGAUCGUGUUGCAUCGUGGCAGACUCGCCUGAGCGACUUGCUGCCCGGAAUCGCGGAAGCCUCUCAACGUGCUGCUCUCGAGGCGUUCACACACUGCUUCUCGGAGCGGCUUCGCCUCGACGUUGUGCUCCCGCAUUUGAUUGACGUUCAGGCAUUGCUGCAACCAGCACUCUAUGGCGAUGAAGCGUACGCAACGUCGACUCGGUUUGCCGAGUCCUUUGACAGGGCAAUCCUCAUAACCUUGCAGCAUCAUGUCGCCAGCCUGACAACAUUCUCAACCCCGGCUUUGCGGCUGCUGUGCGCGGGAUCCGCAUUCACCUUGCUUGUGAGUGAGAUUCGCCAGGUGUGCGCAUCAGUGAAGAGGUUCCUUCAGAGCCAGCAGGUGGACGUGACAGGCGACGGUCCCCAGGCUGAUGCGACAGACAUCCUGAUGCGGCUCGUGUACCUGGGCUUUUUCCGGGUGAAGCCGCCACAGCUGAGCUCAGUGCUUGAAGAAGGGGUGGACACCCUUCAAGCCGACUUUGACGCCGCUUUGAAGCAGCAGCAGGAGAAAUGGGCAAUGUUUGUGCAAGACAUCAGGAGUUUGCAGCUCCGCCUUACGCCGACCGAAAAGGUACGCAGAAAGCUGUUCCGCGCCUUUGAAUUAGUGAAGCUGAACAUCAAGACUGAUUUGCGGCAAUGCGGGGCCACGCAUGACUUGGACGAGGUUCUGCGCCACCAUCGGAAUGUCAAAGGCCUCGCGCGUCAGCUUGGUGCUGAUGACAUGAUGGACUCGUUGGCGCAGCACGCCAUUGUCCUAAUCAAAGUCACUUCUUGGACAGCAACGGGCCACAAACAUGAGUUUGAGGAGUGGCAGCUGGUGUCACCCGCUGGAAUUGAUCUGAACAUUGACGGUAGGACGCAACACUUUCAGCCUCAUGAGCUGCGCUCAGUGCACGGCUGUCGAGUGAAGGUCGGGCUGCCUCGCUACACAACGACGGCCUCCUCAGGGAUCUUUGGUCCUUCAGAUCUUGUGGAGCUGAAGGCGAUGCAGGAAGAACUCAGCCGACUGACACCCGAACGCCAACUCGCUGUGUGCUCCAGGCAAAUUGAAAGCAUUUUGAGUGAGGUGGAGGACAGAUCGAGUGCGUUCUUCCAGGAGUUUGGUCUGUGCAAAGGACAGCAACUUAUUGAAGAUCUUGAAGCUCUGAAGCUUCCCGAGACAGUAACGCUUCCACACCGUUCACUCAGCCCAGAACUCUUGGACCGCGUCCAAUCAAUUUACGGGGACAUGAGAGCAUCUCUCAAGGCUGUUGUUCGCAACAUGCGUGCCACACUGAAGGAACUGUUGAUGAAGAAGCUCAUCAUGGAUGCAUGCACGCACCUCUCGUCCGUCCAUGACUUGAUUGACGACGAAACCGAGUUUCCCGCAACCAAAGCUGCCACCAAGGCAACGGCCAUCAUUGCCAACUACUCAACUUCACAUUUGCCUUGCAAGGACGUCGUUGCAGAGGUGCUGAAUGGGGUUCAAGAACGAGCAGAAAGUAUGAAUGGGUUAUUGAAGGAGGUACUUGACCUGCGAAGUGAGAUGGAGUGCGCCGACUGCGAUGCGCGGGAGCUCGUGCUGACGGGGUCUGCGGUUCAGCGCCUGUCUGAGCCCCUCAUGGUUUGCCUGAGCACCUUCGAUAAUGAGGUUCAAGUUGAUGACGGCGACAGCAGGGACGGAGGCACAGCCCCAGCAGAAGGCGCAACAAGCGGGGCGCCGGAGGAAAGCACUGCACAGGCGAUGAACAACGUGUUAGAGCUGAGAUUUGCAACGCAGCAUUUCUACGGAGAAGCAGGUCAGCCGUCCACGCGGCAAAUGCUGCUGCAGAACACAUUCGAGCAGCCCGUGAACUUCUCGUUUGAGGUGGAUGGCGAGCACGCUGGCGACUUCACACAUGCAUUUGGGAGCGGUGGCACAGUCAUGGGCAACAAGUCAGAGUCGGUUGCGUGGACGUUCGCGCCUCAGGAGAGCGGGACACGCAAUGCAACUUGCCGCCUCAAAUGGUCUUUGCUGGACGACACAGAGCGAGGCGAGGUGACCGUACUAUUGUGUGGCCAUUGCCAGACAAUGACAGUUGACGUGACAGUUCAAGCGCACAAGGUGUGUUGCGCGAAGCAAGGAGCGCACACUUUUGAUCCGCCAGUGCUCCGACAAAGUGUCACUGUGAAGAGCUGUGUCACCAAGGCGCAGUGGGCUGCUCUCGAACUGGAAGGUGGCCUUGCGUUUGAAGACGGUAGGAAAGCCAAGCGGUUCUUCCUCAACGGCAAUGCCAAGGUCAAGCAAGCCCUGCAGUGGCGACCCGCCGCUUUCAUGGAGGCUGCUGUGUAUCGCACUGCCGUUUGGGCAUACCUCCACCCGCAGCACAAGCAACUGUGUGCUGUGAUUCCGCUGGAGUUUGAGGUAGCGGCACCCUCCUUGGCGUAUGAGCUGCUGUGGGAUGGGAAGUCCUUCAAAGCCGGCCACCUGGACGUCUUUGGUCAGCAGUAUGGGGAUGUUUAUGAACUGCGCUUGCGAUUGGAGAAUGUUGGGACGGCCCCCUUGAAGCUCCAGCGACAUCGUGAAGAGAAUGCCCGCUGUUAUCUCGCUCAAAGAACGCUUCAGCCAGGCGCAAGUGUAGUUGCAAGGGUGCAAGUUGGGACUGACCUGUUGGUGAAGAAAAAGGCGGUCCUUUCUCUGACCACCAACGACCCACACCUGCCCUGCCUGAAGUACGACUUCUUGAUCAAAGACGAAACCCCAGACCUGUACCUUGCGCAAUCCAAGAACAAGCACCAGUCGCUGUCGUUCGAGUACAAGGCUGACGAGGCUGAGUACUCGUCAGAGUUGAAGUUUUUGGUGAAGAACCAAGGCACGGCCGCUGGGUAUGUCACAGGUAUCACAUGCAGCGCUCAAGGAGUGCAGCUCACACCACUGAGUGGCACUGUUUUCGUUCCACUGGGCAACUACACCGUAAGUGUCCGCGCACAACUCCUGCUUACAAGCGCUGAGUCUCGCACGCUGGACGUGCAACUCCACACAAGCUCCAAAGUGACGCCAGUGUUGAAUGCGCAGGUCAAAGUCACAUUCUCCUUUGCGCAGUUACAGAUAUCACGGCCGGUUUGGUUUCUCGGCUUUCUGGAGGAGGCUUUGCACACGGGAAUGACGCUCACGAACAUCGGAUCGAGAGACUUGGAGUUUGAAGUGUCUCUGGACAAAGACUUGCCCCUCAACUCAAACUUGAAGAAGGUGCCAGGUGAACCGCAACUUCUGGAUGGCCCCACACGGAAUCAGACCCUCUGCAUCGGCUCUCCUGGGGCACAUGGGGUGCUUGAUCGAGUUGAAGUGUUCCCAAAGAAGCAGCUCAAAAAGAUUGCACCUGGUGAGAUAGUAAAGUUGUCCCUGGCGCUGAAGAUGAAGGAUGAGAACUGGAACCAGCACGACACCUUCGCACAGGCUGUUGUACUGCGCUUGAAAACCAAUGAGCCCAAACAUCUCCCAACGCGGCGCAUUGCACUCAUUGUGAGCCCAAGGCCAAACGUUGCGCGGCCCCUGCCGUUUCCCAUCCAGCCCGCAACCGGCCGGAGUGUGCCGUACGUGAACCAGGGGUUUGCGGCGGCCUUUGCUGGUGUUCCUCAGCAUCAGGCACCUCGAACUGUGGACGAGUUCUUGGGAACAACAGCCAUGCCAACCACUGCAGAAGAACUGCGGCCGCUGCUGACUGCUGAUGCGCACGGCGUUCUGAAGUACGAGCUGUUGCUGAACCGUACACCCACGCCAAGUUACUUCAUCACGUCGGUUGUGGAAGGGUUCAGACUUGGCCUCUGUGCUGCUGGGAUGCCCGCCCGAAUUGCAGCUGCGUUCAAGGAUGUGACUAGCCGCAAUUUGACGGAUCAGGCCGUUUCACGCUUCUCUGAGGUGCUGCUGCAGCUCAUUGAGAGAGGUGCAACAGCCAAGACGGUCACCAACAAAGAUGCAAAGCUGAAACUCGAGCGGGCGCUUCGAUCCUGCUGCAGGACAUCAGUUUGCGCUGAUCUCUCCAUUCAAAGCUUCUUGGACUUGGUCCAUGGUUUGAGCGACUUGUUCGACAUGGUUGCCCUGUAUCCAAGAACGUCCGUGUCCUCGGUGCAGGAGCUGAGCAUGUUCUUCAGUCACGUGAUGGCUGCGCUCGCAAAGCAAGGCAGCGAGGGCGACAGCAGUGACAGGCAUGCUCUGGAUCUUCUUGUGCGGAUUGCGGCGUUGCCAGAAGUAAAAGAGGACGAACUUGCCCAUGUGCUUGCACAGUGGCGGGUUGAGAGCAACACACUCGCCAAACACCUCAAACAUGUGCGAGAAGGGGUGAGCGUGCUCGCUGGCGAGCACAUCAAUCGCAUGACGCCGUGGCAGGCUGUGUUGACGGUGGUUGAUGCUGCUGCUGCCGACGGAGAACUUGACAGUGACUUCAAGGAGACGUUUGCUCGUUGGGCUACGGAACCAACAGCGGGCGCGCCGACCUUCUUGUUGUGGGAUGUGCCGCAGAUACAAGCACGCAAGCACAUCUUCUUCCAAAGAAACGCGUCGGAGUUUCUUGAACAGCACUUGCCGCACGGCUGCGGGGAUCUGGAAGCCACCAGCAUCGUGCCUCUUGCACAGUUUCUGUGGCAAUGCAAGUACCGUGUGAGUGCUCGAAGCAACAAGCAGCGUCGCUUCCUCGAGUUUGUCAUCAACAAGAGCCAGCACGUGUUUGAUCACUUGACGAGGUGCCUGAAGUCCCUGGACGUGGAGGCCGAUGGUGAGGAGGAGGAGGAAGAGGUGUUUUCUCCCAAGGCCCAUGCGCCCAGCGACAAACCGCUCGAAGACUACAUCGACCAGGUGAUUCACUCCGUGCAGCAGGCUUUGCAUGAUGGCACCCAUCGCUCCAAGAGCAGCAAGCUCGUCCCCCUGCGAACUGUGCUACCCGCAGCCCUUGAGCAUCGCACGAACUGGAUGCGGAUGUUGGCCAUCUUCGCUCUGACGGAUGCGCUGCGCUCAUCCAAGAAGAGGAAGAAGGGAGUAUUGCCUGUUGCUUCAACGUUCCUGCAAGAGCUCACGAGCGCCAUGCGACAACAUCCCUUGUUAUGUGUGAGGUAUGUUGUGACGCUUAAUUGCGAGGGCAAAUCCCUACGCCCUGAUCACCUGACUCACCUCAGAACGACGCUGGACACCAUCACGCGCGGUGGCGGCACCGACAUGGGAGUCGACGUUCAUGGAAUCAUCGCUUUGGUGAGCAUUGGCUACGUGGCUGGAGGUCAGGCGCAAUCCAAGAAGAAGAAGCGGCAGUUUUGGAAGAAGUUGCGAAGGCCACGACCACGACGGGCAGUCUUUGGGAGAACACUCAAAGCUGACGUGUCACCGUACAUGUCUUUCCUUCAAGCCUUCAUUCCCAAGCGCUUGAGCACACGGCUGGCACACGUGCCGCUUGGUGAGCUGAUUGUCCGCAGUCAAGACGACGGCCUCAUUCCCACGCUGCUGACAACCAUACAGAAGGACAACUUCGUGGCAGCAUUUGAAAUGCUGCCGCUUGAAAGCACGCGUGUUCACCGCCUUUGCUUUGCUGCCUUGCAAGCCACGCAAACCACCACACUGGACCAUGAACACCUACUGCGAUCCGACAAGUCUCCUGAUACCCAUCAUGCAAGGCGACAUUGCAUCAAGGACAUUCUGGCACUCAUUCGAGCGCGUGUGGCCUGGCGCAAUGGGAAGCCCGAAGAUGUGGUGCAAAGGCUGCACUUGCUCGCACAAAUUCUCCACGCAAUCAUUCAGCGAGUGCCAGCGCGGACGUCGAGCGAUGGCGAGGGUGAUGACGACGACAACGUGAUCGACGUCCAUGUCCCACGCUACCUUCAGUGUCCGAUCACACUCGACGUCUACGACGACCCUGUGGUGGUGAAAGGACACACGUUCUCUCGCGUGCCCGUCACACAGUGGAUUGUGGAGUGCGGCACACAUCCGCUUACAAAGGAGCAAGUCUCCAUGAAAGAUAUUGAGCCGAACUACUCAAUUCGAGACGCAAUUGAAGAAUUCAAUCGCAACCGGCAACACCUCAAAGGGUGGGAGGAUUCAGACUUGAGACAGCAGUGGACCUCUGCCAUAUGUGAGAAGCUGACAGACGCCAGCAAGUGCACUCACGUGCCAGAGCCCACUGACAACAUCUUUAAUGAUGGCACAAAAGUUUCCACUUCAGAACACAUGGUUGGCGACCAGUCUGUUGUGGUUGUUUCAACCUCCACGUCUGCCAGUUCAAACACCAACGGUGAAGAUGACGCUGGCAACUCAGUGGCUGAUGCAACUGAGUCAGAGUCGCAGACGACGCCUUCAAGUGAGAUGCGUUCCCCUCAAGCGCAAGUGGUGAAGAGAUGGAUGUGGGCGGGGGGUCAUGACGGGCUCACGUGCUUUUCAAGCCCAGCUGAACCUGAACACGUCCACGUGCAGCCGCCACGCCUGCGCCAUCGUAGCAGCUCACACGCCUCGCUCUCGUUCAGCACGUCGAGCCUUGAUUCUGCCGUGAGAGGCUUACACGAAGUCGAACAAGAGUUAUGGUGCACGAUGCUGCUGACAAGCGUGCUUCAAAUGCGCACGCGACUGAAGGCAGCGGUUUCAGAGUUUGUGUCGGUGAUGCACGAUGUUCCUGAAAUGGCCCCAGAAGCCAUAUGCGGGGACGUCCUCAAAGCGGGGCUGAGACUGCUUGUGUUGGCUCGCGGCUUGUUGCUCGUGCUGGAAAAGGUUCGACCUGACGCGCUGCUACUGAUUGAGGCGGAGUGCAACUCAGCCAUCGAGACUGUCUCAAACGUUCUCUUCUUCAGCGUGACAGCCGCGCUGCCCGAGAGCACUGUCGUCGCCAUUCAGGAAUGGCAGCGGCUGCUGAGCCUCAAUGGCAUGCACAGCAAGAAGCAAGCUACCCUCUUCCCCUGGCUGGAGCACACAGAUGCCUCCCAGGAUGACGCCUUGAGCUUGCACAGCCACCAUGGCACGGUUUCAGCGACAGUGUCACCAACAAGGCGGAAGUUUGAUCUGAUUGAUGCUGAUGCGAUCAGCACCCCGCUUGCACCCGAUGCCGCAGCUGACACCAACGAAGCGAGUGCCACCGAUACGAGUCAGCAUGAUAACGUGGAUGAACUCACCAGCUCAGAUGUGCUGUUUGCUGCAAAUGCGGACACGAGCCAACCCUUCCAAUCAACGGUUGAGAGUGCUCUUGGCUCGCUUGUGCUUGGGCUCGAUCAGUUUGAGUUGGUUGAUGGCACACAUGACCCUCACCGCCACCAUCCCCGCGCCAAGCCACCUGACGCAACCACACCACCGACAUCUGGCGGCGGCGGCGGCGAUGGCGAUGGCAAAGGGCUGAAGCUAAAGGUGGUCACGACUCCACAAGACGCCAGAACUGACACGACGCAGCGAGCUGUGCGCCGGUCGGUGAAGAUCAGCAACGCAAACCUCGAGGCUGCCGCGGAAUUCCAACGACAGCUGGGACGCGAUGUGCAGUUCCGCCCCUCCAAACUGGGCAAUGGAAAAACGCAUGACCAAGUGCUGGUUGCGGGUGCUGUGGACUUUGACCGGUUCUCGUUCCUCAGUUCCCUGUACGGGCGGCUGUGCCUGGCACAGCCGAAGAGCAUACUGUCCCUACAACAGCAAGUGCUUGACCUGGGGAUGCGGACGUGUGCGCGAGGAUUUCGCAUGCAGCUGGAAGUUGUUGUUCUCAUGGACAACUCCAUUUCGAUGCGCGGCGCGUGCGGCAACUACGCGAAGCAAACGCUCGCCGUGCUGCUGGAGGGUCUGCGCAGGCUGGAGCAAGACACGGCGGUGCUGUCGUUUGCCGGCACAAACAAGGAGCGAUGGCUCAAGACGUUUGACCAGCCCAUGACCUGUGCAAAGGGUGAAGAGAUCUUGCUCCGGCUGCGGUUCAACCAGCUUGGGACAAGGACCGCCGAUGCGAUGCAGUGCGCCCUGGAGCACUUGAGCCAGCGCCGCCAGAACCGUGGGGGCGGCAGCCGAACGCUGUAUCCGCAGUUGAUGGUGCUGGUGACGGACGGCCUUUCGAGCCAGCUCACGUCGUAUGGGUAUGGUGACUCGGCCUUCUUGGAGGUGCUGCGCAAGGCCACAGACUCGGCGGUGAAGGUUGUUGCGAUUGAGAUGGGCACCAGCUCGGGAGAAGACGCCGAGACGGCCCACCUUGAACGGGGCCAGCUGAGACGGUACAAAGCCAACGGCCUUGCGUGGCACGCGCUCACGCCCGCCAACCUGGAAACGAUGAGCACGGAUGUGCCGAAACUGCUGUGCGACGAAGUCAACGACAUCAUGAGCAACAACUUGAAGGGAACGCGCACCGGCCGCACUGGUACAAACGGCAGCGCGUUUGAUGGCAAGGCCUUCAAUGUACCAGGACAUGCGCCAGCAUCUGCGUUUGAUUUGACGCUGGAAGCAUUGACCAGCAGCGUUUGGAUGGACUCCCACCCGCUGCCAAAGACCUACAACAAGCCGCAAGUGCGGGUUGACGCGCUGGCGCGCCUGCCACUCAUGUGUGCAUCACCUGUGCUGAAGACUGCGUCUGUGCGGCAGCUGCGAACACAGCACACGACGCAUCGGCGCACCGCGACUCCUUGUGAGCACUCCACUCAGUGGUGCACGGGCGUGUUGCGAGCGUAUGGCCAGCAGCUGUACAUGCUUGACGACGUGCUCAAGCAGCACUUGGUGAAGCGCAUCUCGCUGCGCAAGAAGGCCGGCUUCACCAGCGGCAAGAGCGUCAACCCAGCGAAGCUGAUGCAGUGCAAGGCGACACAGUUCACCUCCACUGCGUAUUGGGAGCGGUACGUGCCCGAGGGCCGGCCAGCCUACCGCUUUGCACUGGCGAUUGACAUGAGCGCAUCCACUGGUGACACGCCAACGUCCUUCUUCAACGCGCAGUCCCUGGUGCUGCUGCUGGAGGCCUUCAAGCGGUUUGGGCUGCACGAUACGAUCGUGUACGGGUUUGGCGAGAGCGCGUGCACGCUGAUGAAGGAUCGCACAGAGCACGUGGACGCGACGGCGCUGAGCACCAUUGUGCGCACGCUGGCGACUGUUGGGUUUGUGCAGCAGUCGACGAACGUGGCUGCGGCCAUCGCCGCUGGCGUGGAGCUGUUGACGGAGGCGAAUGACAACGACGCGAGCGUUGAAACGUCGACGCUGUUUGUGUUGACGGACGAUGCGCCAGAUCCACAGCAUGAGGCCGCGCUGCGGUACGCCGCUGCCCUCGGCAUUGACGUGGUGCAGAUUGUGAUUGGCACGGUGCCCACGUCCACGCAGCGCGCGUUCACCCGCUUCAUCGAAGUGUCGUCGCCACUUGAGCUGCCAAAGGCGCUUGACAUGUACUUUGAGCGCAUGCAUCUUCCGCAAACGAGGGGCGAGGAGGCAGACGUGGGGAAGCACAACUUUGCGAUGUUGCCGGACGAGCGCAAGCAGGUGCUGGAGAAGGUGGACAAGUUGCUGGCUGAGGGGAGCUCCUUCCACACGUACGUGCGUAGCCGCGUUGAAGACGAGACUGUUCAGGCGGAGAUGUUGGCGUAUGACGAGGCGCCGGUGCUGGAGAUUGAGGUGGUGAUUGUGAUGGACUGCACUGGAACCAUGCGGCAGUGGAUGCGAGCGGCGAGGGACCACGUGCAGGAAAUGGUCCGGUUUGUGCGGGAUCAAGCAGAGAAGACGUACACUGGGGAGGCCAAGGUGCGGCUUGGGUUUGUUGCGUACAGGGACUACGACUGCCGUGAAGUCACGCAGCAGUGCGACCUGACAGAGGACAUUGACAAGGUGACUGCGUUCAUUGCACGGCAAAAGGCCACUGGCGGCAAGGACAAGGCCGAGGAGGUGCUGUCUGGGCUGCGGGCAGCAGCCAGCAUGAAAUGGACGGUGAACCCAUCCGCCAUGAAGAUGGUUGUGGUGGUUGCAGAUGCGCCGCAGCACGGCCCCGAGUUUGUGGAUCCACGCGUGUGGGAGCCGAAGUGGGACGCGUACCCUGACGGCCCGCCGCGGGGCCGCCCUGACCACGGCAAAUCGCACUGGGACAGGGCUGUUGAGAUCACGCAGGCGCUCAAGGCAAACGACGUGCGUGUGGUGUUCACCCAAAUCAACCACUUUACGCAGGUGUUUGAAGAAAAGCUGACUGGUUUGAUGGCUGACAAGAUGCAGGUGAUUCACCUUGGUGAAAAUCCAGCAGAGUUUGCAAACUCGAUUCAAAACGAGAUGGUGGUCAUGCUGAGCGAACUCUUGUGA